AAAAUCCAUUCUCUCCCUCUUUCUUAUGUACCCAACGUUCCACGACCAUUUUCCGAAACUAUCACCAGGCUUUAUCUGUAUGUAAUUCCCAUUCAAAGCAAAUUCAAUUCCCUUGAUUCUGCAAUUCUGGGAAGAAAUAUCAGCAUAUGCAUUAUAUACGUAGAGGCACAUCCCAUGGAUAAUGCCAAACAGAAAUUUGGGAAUUUUUCCAUCGUUCUGCUAUUCUUGAUCGGAAUUUUCUUACUGUUUCGGUCUUCUUCUUUCUCUAGCCCGUUUCUGAUGCAGGAAUCAUCAUCAGACAUAAGAAUUAUUGAUAAACAUCAAGAUAAGCUUGAAUCUGCUUUAGCUAAAGCGUCAAUGAAGGACAAGAUUGUAAUAGUGACGAUCAUAAACAUGGCUUACGCAGAACAAGACGUUAAUGGCGAUACCGUCACCAUGUUUGACCUCUUCUUAAGCAGCUUUUGGCUUGGACAAGGUACGAGGUCUCUGGUUGACCACCUUCUGGUCGUGGCCGUCGAUCAGACGGCGUAUGAUCGGUGCCGAUUUCUCCGAUUGAACUGUUUCAGAUUGGAAACGGACGGUGUGGAAUUGAAAGGCGAGAAGUUGUUCAUGUCCGCUGAUUUCAUUAACAUGAUGUGGAGAAGGACUCUUUUUCUCUUGGAAGUUCUCAAGCGGGGAUACAGCUUCAUCUUCACGGAUGCUGAUGUGAUGUGGCUUAGAAACCCAUUCACAAGGUUUAGCAACGACACUAACGAGGACUUACAGAUCAGCACUGACAGAUAUCUUGGAGAUCCUAGGUCGACACGGCAAGAUAUCAACACGGGAUUCUACUUCGUUCGAUCGAACAACAAGACCAUUACAUUGUUUGAAACAUGGUAUAGUAAAAAGGACAAUUCCACAGGUCAAAAAGAACAAGACGUGCUUCAAGAUCUCAUUAGACAUGGCAUAACUACACAGUUGGGAAUUGGUGUUAGGUUCAUGGACACUCUUUACUUCAGUGGGUUUUGUCAGAACAGUAAGGACUUUAGGGAAGUCACCACCGUACAUGCCAACUGUUGCCGGGGCAUCACCGCGAAGGUGGCCGACCUUAAGGCUGUCCUCCGAGAUUGGAAGCGGUUCAAAAUGUUGGAGACAAGUAUGAGCAAUUUGACCAAGACUGUUGCGUGGUCGCGUCACAAUAAAUGUGGCAAGUCAUGGAAUUAGCAAGUAAUAUAAUCCCGUGGACGAGACAGUGUAUAUAUGUAUAUAUAUAUAGUCCUAUCGUAGAUUAGAAUCUGCUUGUACGUAGUUUAGAGGAACAUGGUGAAACAGAGACGUUUUAUGUUUUCCAAAAUUUUUCUUUUCUUUUUUGUGUAUCAAAAGGAAUUCAUUGAAAAGUU